GAGCGGAGAAGGCGGAGAGAGGAGGGAGCGAUGCUGCUUUAGUAUGGCUCUCAGACCUGGAGGCCACUGGAAAAGCCGCACCUUUGUGUGAAACGCAGCGGGAUCCUGGAGCCAUGUCCACCGCAACUGUCGCCUUGUGGCUGGGUGCGGUGGUAACCAUCGUGUCGCGGUCCCACGCUGACCGAAACGUCUACCCUUCUGCCGGAGUGCUGUUUGUGCAUGUGCUCGAGAGGGAGUACUUCAAAGGAGAGUUCCCCCCCUACCCCAAAUCUGGUGAUGCUAGUAAUGACCCCAUCACUUUCAACACCAACCUGCAGGGCUUCCCCGACCGUCCAGGCUGGCUGCGCUACAUCCAGAGGACUGCCCUUAGCGACGGGGUGCUGUACGGCUCACCCACUGCAGAGCAUGUUGGCAAACCCACUGUCAUAGAGAUUACAGCGUACAAUCGUCGCACGUUUGAGACUGCUCGCCACAACCUGGUUAUCAACAUCAUGGCCACAGAAGAGUUCCCCUUGCCCUACCAGGCCGAGUUCUACAUAAAGAACAUGAACGUGGAGGAGAUGUUGGCCAGUGAGGUUCUGGGGGACUUUCUGGGAGCAGUAAAGAACGUGUGGCAGCCUGAACGCCUGAACGCCAUCAACAUCACAUCUGCCCUGGAUCGAGGCGGCCGUGUGCCCCUCCCCAUCAACAACCUGAAGGAGGGGGUGUACGUGAUGGUGGGGGCUGAUGUUCCCUUCUCUUCCUGUCUGCGAGAGGUGGAGAGCCCACACAACCAACUGCGCUGCAGUCAGGAGAUGGAGCCCGCCAUCAGCUGUGACAAGAAGUUCAGAGCACAGUUCCACAUCGACUGGUGCAAGAUCUCCCUGGUGGACAUCACUAAAGUGGUCCCAGUGUACGUUAGCCGCCCGGACCCUGGCCCCGGAGUCCUGCCUGAGUUUGGGGAGUACAACCCACCCUCCGAAGCCCUGAAGAGUCGGGACUACCUGUCGGACUUCGUGGUGACACUGGCAGUGCCCGCGGCAGUGGCCCUGGUGCUGUUUGUGGUGCUGGGGUAUGCCAUGUGCUGCAGGAGGGAGGGGGUGGUCAAACGAAACAUGCAAACCCCAGAUAUCCAACUGGUGCAGCACAGUUCCAUCCAGAAGUCUUCCAAAGAGCUGCGGAGCCUGUCCAAGAACCGAGAGAUCUCGUGGCCUCUGUCCACUCUUCCUGUAUUUAACCCUGUAAGCGGGGAGGUGGUGCCUCCCCUGCACCCGGACAGCUACGAGACUACCAGCAUGCCCCUCAUGCAAACGCAGACGAACCUGCAAAACCAGAUCACCAUCCCUCAGCAGCGGCCGACAGGUAAAUGGUAUUCCUGAGGAGAGGAAGGUGGCCGAAGCUCUGGACCUCUGAAUAUCACCCACCAUCUGAUCACUGCAGCCUUUUGAAACUGUUCCAUAUCUCUUUGUGUAUGACAAUGCCUUCCAUAACUGAAUCAUGUGUUACAGAUAUAUUUGUAAAUCAUUGUCUUGAUAAUAAAAAGUUAGUUUGAAUCAUUCUCCUUAUUACAUUUAUAGACAUUAUUAUAACCUCUGUUUAAGAGCAUGCAUAAUCUAGCACAGGAAGAUGGUCAUGGAAGGUUGCAUGUUUCUGUAAUCUUGCAAUCUCUCCCACAUGACAAUUCUCCAUAAAUGUACAAAACUGUACACAAACCUGAUGUAAUAUGCAGCAGUUUCAUUAGCAGGAUGCACGCAGAUUGUGUUGUGAUAGUGCUCUGAAGGGGAAGUGACUUAACACAGAGAGCAAAGGAGGGCAGACUCAGUGUCAAAGAAGAAAGUGAAACUUAUAACAUGUUAAUGCAUAGGUUUUUUUUGGCAAAUAUAACAUUUUCAAAACAAUAAAAGGUAAUCACAUAUUUUAUGUGUUAGAAGUUAAUAUCCCAUAGAAGUAAAAUACCCCCUCUUUAAAUAAAUACAUGCUUUUAUGGGACUGUGUUCAAGCAUGUUCAAUCGUGUGUCCAGUGGCACAGUUUGUGGGGCAUUUCCAGGAGUAUUAGGUACAGGGCUCUUUGUUAAAGGUUGUGUGGUCCCUAUAUGACCUGUGUUCAGAAUCAGAAUCAGAAGACUUUUAUUGCCAUCGUCUGUGAACACAGUUCACAAACUAGGAACUUACUUUGGUGAUUAAGUGCAACAUAAAACACACUGAAUAAAUACAAAUAUAAAUAAGGGCAUGCAGAAAGUUAAAAAGAUAUGCUUAAAAAUUAAAUAAAAUACUUAGAGGUAGAAAAUAUAUACAACAGCAGCAUCAGAACAACAGUGCAAAUGUGGCUUAUUAAAGUGACCGGUAUUACAAAGUGUCCAGUUUUGUGCAGAUAUUAUUAAGCGUGUUCUCUGAUUAAGUCAGACCCGUGUUCUUUGCAGUAAGCCAAACCUGUUCACAGUACAUGUCGGAGUAGGGCUGCCAUUUGUUACUAGCUCCGUUCAUUGUUUUUAAGGGGACCACAGGAUUUCAUUUCUGCUGUUUGUGGAUGAUGUUGAACUGAUGGCUUCAUGCAACCAGCAUCUGAUUAAACCAGAACCUCCAGGAUGUACUGGGAAAAGGUCACAACCAGGACUAAACCAGGACCAAGUCGAGGUUAAAUCUGGACCUGCAGCAUGCAUUGGGAACAGGUCUGAACCAGGACUAAACCAGGACCAAGUUGAGGUAAAAUCUGGACCUGCAGCAUGCACUGGGAACAGGUCUGAACCAGGACUAAACCAGGACCAAGCCAAGAUUAAAUCAGGACCUGCGCCAUGCACUGGGAACAAGUCUGAACCAGGACUAAACCAGAACCAAGCCAUGAUUUAACCAGAACCUGCAGCAUGCACUGGGAACAAGUCUGAACCAGGACUAAACCAGAACCUGCAGCAUAAACUGGGAACAAGUCUGAACCAGGACUACACCAGGACCAAGCCAAGAUUAAAUCUGGACCUGCACCAUGCAUUGGGAACAGGCCUGAACCAGGACUAAACCAGAACCAAGCCAUGAUUAAACCAGAACCUCCAGCAUGCACUGGGAACAGUGAUGGGAUCAGGAAAAAGGAACACAAGAAACUAGAUAAAUACCAGGGGCUCAAAGAGCUGGAGAAGGCCUGGAAGGUGAAGGCAUCAGUGGUGCCAGUGGUCUUUGGAGCACUCGGGGCAGUGACCCCCAAACUGGAGGAGUCUUCACUAACUUAAACUUCAAGUUAUCAAGAAGACAAUGCAGACGGCUGAUUCUAAGGCUGAGCAUUUUCCUAAGAUAAACUAGCUGCCCUGUACCCUGGUUCAGGUUCCUUAGGGCUAGAAGCUAUACUCACAUUGUCGAGUGAGAUUAUCUGGUCCGACAGAGAAUCUCUUUGACCUUUGGGACCAACGACAAUGACCUCUGUUUUUUCAGGAUUUAAGAGCAGGUAAUUCAAGGUCAUCCAGGUUUUGAUGUCCUUCACACAGGCACUGAGUUUAUCUAUUUGAUCAGUCUGAUUUGGUUUAAUUAAUAAGUACAGCUGAGUGUCAUCAGCAUAGCAGUGAAAAUUAAUGCCAUGUUUUCUGAUAAUGUUACCCAAUGGCAACAUAUACAGAGUAAAUAGGAUUGGACCAAGCACAGAUCCUUGCGGAACACCACAGGCUACUUUAGAACAGGGAGAGGUGCACUGGUUUAUACUAACAAACUGGUACCUAUCUGAUAGAUAGGAUUUAAACCAUUGAGGGCGGUCCCUCUGAUUCCAAUGUCACAUUCUAACCUCUGCAGUAGAAUGUUGUGAUCAUUGGUGUCAAACACUGCACUGAGGUCCAGUAGGACCAGGACUGAAGCCAGCCCCUUAUCAGCAGCUAGAUUGUCUUUCCCUCUUAGGAAAGACAAUCCUUCCUUGAACAGGAAUGCAGGCCUCAGACAUAGCCUUUCUCACAUAUAUAACUCUAUCCUCAAACCCAAAGCAAACAAAGGAAGCAAAGAGAACAAUAGAGCUACCUAGUAGACCAUAAUCUGGUAUGAUUAUGCUAAGUAAGCCUUAGACACAGUGCACACUUAUUGUAGCUCAAUAGAACUACCCUACAAACAGGAACUGUAAAAAAUUGCUCAACUGAGAGAUUACACAGACCUUUAUCUUUUUCUUCAGUUGAGAUAUCACUAUCCAUAGGUUUGUGUUUCGAAGCUGCUUAUCUUUAUAGUUUUGGUAAUACCUUUGUUCCCAAAUAGGCAGAUAGUCAUUAAAUCCAUCUACUACGUAUAUGCUGUCUGACACUAUGCUGACGGCCCUAUAUUUACUCUUUUCCAUCCAACUCAGCGCCUAAAUGAACAUUCGCAAUCUCUUUUUGAUCUGAAUAUAUGAACCCGGGGUUGGCUUUGGCCUGGCCAUGGCUUUUCGUCUGAGGCUGCUUUCAUAGCCUUCAGUCAUUUACACCUAAAAAAUCUGGGUCUGCCAACAUCAUCUGCCACUUCACCUUCGUUGCUGGAAUGCUUUACAGCAGGGGUGUCCAAACUUUUUUCACUGAGGGCCAAAUACAGAAAAUUGAACCAAGGGCCAGGCUGCACACUAGAGGAGACAUGUUGACUAUAAUAUAGUGUGUAAUUGUAACUCACCUCCGUGAAUAACUUUUUUUUUCCGCGUUUGUAAAAGCAGAUCCUAUUUCAGUCAGUGCAGGGAAGUGUGCAGCAUUAAAGCUCUGUAGUUGCAUCUCAAACAGGCAGAGCUUUACACUGAAGGCUUUCAGGUGCACGUACAGGUGUGGAACCAGCUGCUCUUUGCCUUGUAGGUUCUUGUUUAAUGUAUUCAAAUGAUUAGUAAGAUCAACUAAAAAUGCAAGGUUUGCCAGC